AUGGUUAGCAGCCAAUAUCUUCUAUUCAGAGAAGCAGGCCAAGAGUAUGGUCUGGUCCGCAGUUAUAUAGGGCACGGCAGCUUCAAUGUCCAGGUUCUGGGCGCAGAGGACGAUAGUAGUCCGUGCAUCAUUACCGCAGUGGUUAGAAAACAUGUUUCCGUAGCGGCAGGCGACAUUGUGCUUUUGUCUCUAGAUGAAUCUACGUCGGAGGAUGCUGAGAUCAUCAAAGUCUACGAGGAACGCGAGAUCGAAGAGCUAAUUGUUCGUGGUGAGAUAUCUAGCCGUUUUGAGAUUAUUCCCGAAGAUUAA